AUGAAGGAUCUCGAAAAAAUUGCUCCAAAACAGAAAGGAAUUGUUCCGCAAUCGGUGAAAGAGAUAACGCAAUUAUUGGUUGAUGAAGGUUUAGUUGAGUGCGAAAAAAUUGGUACGUUCGUUUGCUACUGGGCAUUUCCGUCACAAGCAACGAUUGUACGUAAGAAGCAGCUAAAAGAAUUAGAUGAAAAUAUUUCGAAUUUGGAAAAGAUACUAGAAGAGGUGAAAGCCGAUAUUGUGGAAGCAAAAAAAGGAAAGGAAGCAACGGUAGAGCGGAAAAAGUUAAAAUUAGAAAUUGAUGAAUUGCAAACGAAGCACGAGGCAUUGACGAAAAAAUUGGAAAAACUAAAUGAGGAAGGCCCAGAAGCUGUGGCUCGACUUGAAAGUGAAACGGCUAAGAUUCGUGAUGAAGCAAAUCGUUGGACCGAAAACAUAUUUGCGGCGAAGAGAUGGUGUAAAAGAAAUUUCAACGUCGAAGAAAAAGUGUUGAAUGCGCAGUUUGAAAUACCGCCAGAACUUGAUUAUGUCGAAUGA